GAGUUAUUGAUGUUCUGAAGAACAGACCUGAAACAGGAAAGUGCAGAGACGACAACUUCCAUUUUUACGGCCCGAGGAAGGUGAUGAUGCAGUCAUGAGAACGAACAGCCGCCGCCGCCUGAUCCACCGCGACUGCCGGUCAUUUUCCGGACUGUUCCUGCCGGGCUGCAGCCGCCCUGCCGCACCGGGAAAGGCCGGACGGGACGAGCGGGCCCCUCCGCCGCGGGGCGACGCCCAGCCAGUUGGCCACCCUCAGGCCAAACCUCCCGACGACUGCCAGGGGCCCUGGUGCGGACCGGGGUUCGACGGGCGCGCUGACUACGGUGGGUGCGGACCGGGGUUCGACGGGCCCGCUGACUACGGUGGGCGCGGACCGGGGUUCGACGGGCCCGCUGACUACGGUGGGCGCGGACCGGGGUUCGACGGGCCCUUUCACUACGGUGAGACAGCCGGCCGGUUGUUCACCCGUCCCGAAAGCGGAUGA